AUGGGAAACAGUCAAUCAAACACGAGUUCCACCUCCACGACCACGGUCACCCAGGCACAGCUGCAGAGCUUCCAGUAUGUUGCCCAAUAUGCAUCAGCCGCAUACUGCAACUCUGCAGACUCCCUGACAGCAGGGACCCUGGUCUCCUGUGCCAACGAUGCUUGUCCAGACUUGCAGACCAACCGGGUAUUUUUGGAAGGUAUCAUAGACGCCAAUGACGGUACAGGCACUGCUGGUUACGUAGGAGUGGAUCCCGUACAAGAAGUUAUCAUCGUCUCUUUCAAGGGAACAGACAACGGCGCAUCUUUCGCCUAUGAUCUAGAGGCUAUCACCACCGACACUAACUUGUGCGAUGGCUGCAUGAUCCACGGAGGCUUCGCCACCUCAUUCGAUAAUAUGCAUCCAACCAUGACCAAUCUUGUCAAAUCUGCCCGUGAAAGCUACCCGAACUAUGCCAUUAUCACCACCGGUCACAGUCUGGGCGCAGCCAUGGCUACCAUGGCCGGCGCUUGGCUCAGAGAAGAUGGCUAUCCCUGUGACAUCUACACGUACGGGUCGCCACGCAUCGGGAACGAGAAACUGGCCGAAUAUAUCUCGCAGCAGGCGGGUAACGAAUACCGGAUCACGCACCUCAACGACCCCGUGCCGCGUCUGCCUGGUCACUGGCUGGGAUAUAGGCACACGGACAUGGAGUACUGGCUCUCCACCGGCGAGGCUACCACCGUCGACUACAGCGUUUCCGACAUUAAGAUCUGUGAGGGAACUUACAACACCAACUGCAAUGGUGCUGGAACUAUAGGGACAAGCUAUACUCCCCACGGAUACUACUUCCGCCAGAUCGGGGCUUGUAAAAACACCUAG